AUGAAAAAAAUCAAAAAACUUGACAAAUCUUCAAUAUUAACAUUAUGCUCAGCUCAGGUAGUAAUAUCUUUAGACACUGCUAUCAAAGAACUUUUAGAAAAUAGCAUUGAUGCUGGAUCCACAAACAUCGUCAUAAAAUUAAAAGAUUAUGGAUUGUCUCUUAUAGAAAUUUCUGACAAUGGUGAUGGGUUAUUUGAGAGUAGCUUGAUUAAUAUAGUUCAAAGGCAUAAUACUUCAAAAAUAGCAAAAUUUAAUGAUAUUGGAAAUUUAAACAGCUACGGAUUUAGAGGUGAAGCAUUAAGUUCAUUAUGUGCUCUGUCAUCAAGCUUUACAAUUACAACUAAUUCUGAACAAAGCAAUUUAAAGGAUCAAUCUAUGAAUAGUUUUAAAGUCUCUUUUGAUAAUAAAGGAAAAAUUGUAGAAAAAAUUUUAUAUCCUAGAGAAAAAGGCACUACCAUUCUGAUCCAAGAUCUUUUCUAUUCUUUGCCAGUAAGGAGGAAAGAGCUUUUUAAUAAUAUUAAACGUGAAUACUCUAAAAUGAUUUAUAUGUUGCAAACAUAUUCUUUGCUACCUUUAGGAAUCAGGAUAAAAUGUAUAAAUCAAAUAACUAAAAAUGAUAUCAAUUCUAGCUAUUCCCAAAUUUCAAACAAAGAAAAUAUUGUAAUAUCUAUUGAUGGCACUAAGGACAUUAAAGUUAAUAUUGCAAAUAUAUUUGGUCCCAAGUCCUUGGAUAAUCUUUUAACUAUUGACACUUCUAUUGGUAAUGAAGUAUAUGAUUGUGAUAAGACAAAAAUCAAGGGUUAUAUAUCAUCUUGUAAACAUGGAUCUGGACGAAGUAGUUCUGAUAGACAAUACUUUUACAUCAACAAAAGGCCUGUCAUAUUGAACAAAUUGAAAAAAGCGGUCAAUGAAAUAUAUCAUUCCUAUAACAAAUCUCAAUAUCCCUUUGUGUGCCUUUUUAUAACCGUUCAAAAUGGUACCUUUGACAUAAAUAUAACCCCCGAUAAAAAGAUGAUAUAUCUGGAAGACAUGGAAACAUUAAUUUACGAAAUUAAAGAUAAAUUGAAAGAAUUAUAUGAUUCACAAAUAGCUAUUUUACCUAGCGUAUCUACAUUUGAUCAAAAUAACAUUAUCAAUAAUCAUAAAUCGCUUAAUAUAAAACAAUCCUCUAUAUUUUCGUUUAUACCGUCUAAAGUGAAUGAAACGGAAUCGACAGAUGAUUUUGAAAACAUUUUGGAAAUGAUUGAUAGAUCCACUUACGCUAAAAAUAUUAUAAGCAAUGAAAUGGAUCCCAUAUCACCAAACAUUGAUUUUGAUUCCCCAAAACCAACAGCUUACAAUACUUAUGCUAAAAAUAUUAUUAGUAAUGAAAUGGAUCCUACAUCACCAAACAUUGAUUUUGAUUCCCCAAAACCAACAGCUUACAAAUCUAAUCUAAACAUAUACACGAUAGAUGAUUACAAUGAUAUUAAUGGUACGACAAGAAACAGGCUCACUGACAAUUCUAUAAACCCUACCAUUAACAAUUCCAUUCGCAAUUCCUUUGAAUUUUCUUCCCCUUCUUCAAAACUAUAUUCUUUUUACAAGAACGACAAUGUGGAAAUCGAUAAGAAAGUAGAAAAGCAGGUCACAGAAGGAAUUGAAAUGAUUAAGAGUCAACACAAAAAUGGCGAUAAAAUCCAGAUUUUUGAAUUACCGGGUACUUUAAAAAAGAAUCAACAAGGGGAAGAAGUUAUUAAUAGAAUUUUAGGAAUACCUCAAAGGAAUGAUGUUGAUAAUAAUGGUUUUUGUGAUGAUUCAAUUUUAAAUGAUAAAGAUGAUAUCAGAGAUUGCUUUGUUAGCAAACCUCUCCAGCAUGCCAUUCCCUCUAUCAACAAAUCUACGCUUGAGCAGAUGGAAAUUUUAGGGCAAUUCAACCUUGGUUUUAUAAUCACUAAACUCGGUAACGAUUUGUAUAUUGUAGAUCAACAUGCCAGUGACGAAAAAUUUAAUUACGAGCGCUAUCGCAAGCGAUAUUGUUUAUUCAGUCCAAAUUCUAACACAACUGUUUUGUCAGAAAAUAUCACAUCAACUCAAUCUCAAAGUUCUCAAUUAAAUGAUUCCCAAGAUGAUACCUGCAGGAAAUCAUCACCAAUCAUAUCUCAUAAACUUAUUAAACCUAUCCCUCUGCUUAAUCUAUCGAGUGAAGAUGAAAUUUGGCUUGCCCAAUCAUUGGAUUUGCUCAAAACCCUUGGUUUUGAUUUCCUUUGCUCCAACAAUCGUCAUGAUGAAUUUAAUGAUAUUUUUAUUAAUUAUAAUUCCGGGGUCGAUGUGUUUGACAAUUUACAAGAAUCUUUUGAGAAAACCACAUAUUAUUUGACCGCGACUAGGGGAUUCAUGUUGGAUAAUACAAUGACACUAUUGGGAGAAACUGAUAUUUUAGAAAUAUUGCGUGAAAUAAAACGCAACCCUCAAAUAAAACCCUUAUAUUUAGAUAAAAACUUUGAAGAUGUUGUCCAAAAUUAUGCUACUCAUAAUGAUGAAUCAUUUGAUAAAGAUAUUCUGGAGUUUAGUUUGGAUAGUUCUAGUCCAAGCUCCAACACAAAAUCUCGAACUUCCAAUCUCACUCUAAAUAAUUCUAAUACAAUAGGCACAAUGGAUGAAGAAAUGGUGUCUAGUUGUAAAAUAAUAAAUUUUCAAAACAAUCAAAGUUCUCUUCUGCUUACAGGAACAAUUGAUAACGAAUCUUCUUUUUUUGACUAUGUUCCUACUAAGAUUGAAAAACUCUUAGCUUCAAAAGCUUGUAGAACCUCUAUCAUGAUUGGUACCGCAUUAACGUUCUCCCAAAUGAAAAGGAUUGUUAAGAGACUAUCGUAUUUGAACAAUCCAUGGUUUUGCCCUCACGGCAGGCCUACCAUCAAUCAUUUAUACAGACUAUAGUUUUCCUACAAUUUUGCUAGGCAUAUAUAUUAUUAGCAUGAA